AUGAGGGGCCCGGAAGCUCCGCAGAUGGAGGAAGAGGAGGAUCAGGAGGCUGAGGAUAAGUCGUGGAAGUGUUCCAGCGGUCUGCUGGUGAAGAGAGGCAAUGUACUGCACCACAUGGUGGGCCCCGCCUGCGUCUUCCUUAAGCAGCGCUUUUCUCAGACUCUUUCUAUCCAACAGGACAGGGCGCUGCGGCCUGAGGAGCUUGACGAGCUUCACAAGGCGUUUGUGGAGUUUGAUAGGAACAAAAAAGGCUACAUAAGCCACAGAGACCUGGGGGAGUGCAUGAGGACGAUGGGCUACAUGCCCACAGAGAUGGAGCUGAUCCAUCUGAGCCAGCAGAUCGGUGGCAAAUUGGACUUUGAGGAUUUCGUUGAGCUGAUGGGACCCAAGAUGCUGGCCGAAACCGCAGAUAUGAUAGGUGUUAAGGAGCUGCGAGAUGCAUUCAAAGAGUUUGAUUCAAACGGGGACGGUCAGAUCAGUCUGACCGAGCUGCGGGAAGCCAUGAAGAAGCUGAUGGGGGAGCAGGUGACCAACAGG